AUGUCUGUUGCGUACCAACUUGCUGUCAUUGCAUCGUCAGCAUGUACUGUCGCCAGCAAAACCGCCGAAGUCAUGCUGCGCGACUUGUCGAGGGUGCUAGCUUCGAGAAACGUGUCGCAAGUUGUACAAUUUUGUGACCUGUCAGCUUCAAUGUGGUCUGAAGCUCAAGAAAAGCUGGCGCAAGCUCGCCAAAAUGCGGUUGCUGGUCGUCCCAAAAAACCUAAAUCAACCCAGAAAACUCAAAAGCGCCACUACUCAACCAAAUCCUUCACCUCGUCGUCGGGGUAUGUUGAAGGACCAGAAGAAUCAAAAGUGGUUGGAACCAAGGAAAAACCCACAAAUCCACUUUCCAGCAGUGAAGUACCCAGCACCAGAUUAGCGAGAAUUUUUCAUUACGGCUCGCUAGCGGCAGGAAUGGGAUUAGGAGCCGCCACCCAGGGUCUCAAACAUUAUGCUUCCGGAAACAAAUCGUCGUUGAGUGUGAAAUCACUCUUGCUUUCUCCACAAAAUAUCGAACGAAUGGCUACCAAAUUCUCCAAAAUGCGUGGUGCUGCGUUGAAAGUAGGUCAAAUGUUAUCGUUCCAGGACCUGCUGAUACUACCUGCUGAGAUCCAACAGGUUCUUUUGCGUGUGCAAAACCUGGCUCAUUACAUGCCUCCGGGCCAACUUGAGAGAGUAAUGCUGCGGGAUUUGGGUGAUAAUUGGAGACUGCGUCUUUUUGCUUCUUUUGAUGAUGUUCCCAUUGCAGCUGCUUCGAUCGGCCAGGUGCACACAGCAGUCACAAAAGAUCUUACUCCAGUGGUGGUGAAGGUACAGUAUCCUGGUGUGGCUACUAGUAUUGAUAGCGAUCUCAAUAACUUGCUCAUGUUGUUGACGGCCUCCUCCAUUCUUCCAGCUGGGUUGUUCUUGGACAAGACCAUAGCCAAUGCCAGAACUGAGCUCAAAUGGGAAUGCGAUUAUAUUCGGGAAGCUCAGAAUUUGAUCCGGUACCGUGAUAUUCUUUCGGAUGACGAGGUGUUUGCGGUUCCAAAAGUGCUCCAUGAACUUUGUGGAGAGCACGUUUUGACCAUGGAAAGAAUGACAGGAACAGAGAUUGUCAAGGGCAAUUGGGACCAGGAAACUCGCAACUGGAUCGCCCUGAACAUCAUGAGAUUGUGUUUGCUUGAAAUCAAGGAGUACAAGUUUAUGCAAACCGACCCCAACUGGGCCAAUUUCUUGUACAACGAUGAGACUGGCAAGAUUGAGCUUUUGGAUUUGGGAGCUGCUAGAGACUUUAGCUCCAAGUUCGUGGAAGACUAUGUCCAGGUUUUGCGUGCUGCCGUACGCAAGGAUCGUGAUUCUGUACAACACUAUUCGAAAGAGCUCGGAUACUUGACAGGACUCGAAUCGCCGCAAAUGACAAAUGCUCAUAUUGACUCGGUUAUGGUACUUGGAGAAGCUUUCUCACCAGUUAACAACAAGGGCCAACCAUUCGAUUUCAGCAAACAAACCAUCACCGACAGAGUCAAGGACAACAUCGGCGUGAUGUUGAGCGACAGACUUACACCUCCUCCCGAGGAAACAUACUCAUUGCACCGCAAGUUGAGUGGAGUAUUUUUGCUCUGUGCUCGUUUGCAAGCAACAGUUCCAUGCGAGGACUUGUUCCGCGACAUAAUUGGCUACGAAUAA